CUGGAGCAGUGUGUUACCUGUUUGAGUGUGUGUGCGCGCCUGAGGACGUGGUGGAGCAAAAGCGAGAGCGAGAGCGAACGCGCGCGCGCGUGUUAAAAAGUUUGAGACUUUUCUUGUAAACACGGUGUAGUGCUGUAGAUGAAGGGGAACCUGGUUGGAGUGUGUACUGAGCAGGUGAAGAUGGAGGUGACGAGGUUCGGACACGCUCAGCAAACAGCGGCGCCGGAGGGUCAUCAUGCCGACCGGAAGUUCGCUUCUCCGUUGAAACGGCAUGCGGUCAAGCGGCAUCAUCACAAACACAACCUGAAGCACAGAUACGACUUCCUGGAGACCCUGGGCAAGGGGACCUACGGCAAAGUGAAGAAAGCUGUGGACAGAACAGGAAAACUGGUGGCAAUCAAAUCAAUCAGGAAAGAAAAUAUUAAAGAUGAACAGGACCUGAUUCACAUACGGAGAGAGAUUGAGAUCAUGUCGUCCCUCAAUCACCCCUACAUCAUCACCAUAUACGAGGUGUUUGAGAAUAAGGAUAAGAUUGUGAUUGUGAUGGAGUACGCCAGUAAAGGAGAUUUAUUCGACUACAUCAGUGAGAAGCGGCUCUCUGAGCGAGAGGCUCGACACAUCUUCAGACAGAUCGUCUCAGCUGUACACUACUGCCAUCAGAAUGGCGUCGUGCACCGAGACCUGAAACUGGAGAACAUCCUGCUGGAUGCAAACGGAGAUGUAAAGAUUGCUGAUUUCGGGUUGUCGAGCCUGUACCGGAGAGAUGAGUACCUGCAGACGUACUGUGGCAGUCCGCUGUACGCCUCACCUGAGAUCGUUAACGGCCGGCCGUAUAAAGGACCAGAAGUGGACAGCUGGUCUCUGGGGGUCCUCCUGUACACUCUGGUACAUGAAGCCAUGCCGUUUGACGGCCGUGACUACAGGACGCUGGUGAGACAGAUCAGCACAGGAGACUACCGAAAACCCACUAAGCCUUCAGAUGCAUGUGGUUUGAUACGUUGGAUGCUGAUGGUAAACCCCGAUCGCAGAGCCACGCUGGAGGAAAUCGCAGGCCACUGGUGGCUUAAUUGGGGCUACCAGCGCCCCCUUUUGGCUGAGAACGAGACAACAGGAACAACAACGCCAUCACAAACGAGCAACUCGGCCCGAAUAACCGACUGGCUGCGUAAGACUUCUCGACCUCUGCUGCACAGUGGCUCGAAAAUGCGCUGCCUUUUGCGUCCAGGAGGGGGAGUCACAGGGGACGCAACAGUCACCCGUCAGCGCUCGAUUCGCAGGUCACGCAAAGAAAACAACGUCUCUCAGAGCAUGCAAGAAAACACUGCACCCAGGCCAUUUAAAGGCAUCCUGAAAAAACGUGGCAGCUUAAAACAGAAGCUGUCUGGUGAACCCCAGAUUCCGCCUUUGGAGGAAAAAAAGCCCAAUGCAAUAGUGGUGCCACCUGUAGCCAAGCCUCCGGCCCCGGCCCCUCGCAAAGGAAUCCUAAAGAAACCAGUCGAGAUGGAGAGGGAAUCGGGUUAUUGCUCCUCCACUGACAGCAGCGACUGCACCCGAACACGACAACUUGAGCUGGGCACCACAAUGCCACCGCGCCAUAAAGGAAUCCUUAAACCUAACGGAAAAUCUUCCUCCGGUGUUCUGCAAGAAUUCAGAGAGUUUGGAUCUCUAGACCAACUGGCAGCAUCUCUGCCAUCGGAGGGCAUCAGAUCUCGUCCCAGCAUCGCCAUCAGUGAGGACAGCAUCCUUUCAUCAGAAUCCUUUGACCGGUUAGACCUGCCUGAUCGCCGUGAACCUGCUAUAAAGGUGAAUCGUCCGGCAGGCGGCCGUCCCAUGCGUGGCAGCGUUUCGGCCGACAAUCUUUUGGACCUGAAGGAAAGCAGGCAGGAAUGGGAUACAGAGAAAAUAGGAGAAAACACGUUCUCCAUCACAGACUGCGAAAGCAUGACCGAGGUCUACAAGUCUGCCUGUAUCUGCACCCACGCCAGCUAAAACUCUCCACCCAAACCAAAACACUUUCAAACCCGACAAGUCCACUUCAGGAUGUGUUCCGGUCCUGUGUGGGGGAAGAAAUCGUUGUGGAGACCGCAGUCCUGGUACAAGGAAGUAUGGCUAUCCAGAGUUAGCCUUGUUCCAUAUUCCGAAUCCAGGAUGCAUGUUCUCCAUUACAGCCUGGAGGAAGUAAAGCACAAGCUAAAGGGUAAACUAAUUUAAGACAUGACUGCAGGUCAGAUUAGUAUAUACAAAGGAAAGCCAAACGUGCCAAGCAGCUGUUUCUAGAGAGGCAUAUCUGAAACACAUUUUAUACUUGAUGAGGCUGCGGUCCUUCUCUACUUCAGCCGUGGUUUCUGAGACCUAAACUUGAAAAUGUUAACAAUCCGACCACAGAGUUGAGCACCAGAGGAACUCUAAAGGAACCUCUUGACUUAUUAUCUGCAGCUCAGAGUCCAUUAGUGAUAAGACGUUGUUUUUUUAACCUUAACAAACUUUGUUGUAUUUGUAAAUGAUUAGCUUUUAAGACAGACGGUAUCAGUCUCACUCGGAGCUGAAACAGCAGACCAGACAUGGAUAUUUAUUGCUUUAUAAAUGUGCUGUUGUGAUAAGGAUGAGUAGGUGAAGAUAGAGUAAGUUUGUAAAACAGUUUUGUAAGCUGUACUCCGUCAUCAAGGUCUUUUAAGUUAAAACACUGUUGUCUUUAUAUUUUAUUUUUGAAAACCCUGAUUUUGUCCAACAAUUUGAAAUAGAAAUGAACGAAAGGCUGAUAGGCAUUUAACUGCUUUGUCCAGCUUUCGUCUGAUGUAGAAACUUAAAUAUUUCUUGAAAUUUUUUUUAUUUUUUAAUCGUAAUUUUAUUUCCUUGGUGAUUUUAUACCAUUUCAUAUGCAAGACUGUAGAAAAUGCAAUACAAUACUGCGCUUCUUCAACUGGAAAAUGGCCAAAACUGCAAAAGAACCCAUGUGCAGUUCUGAUGUGACUGUUAACAUCAGAGUCGUACAUUAAACAAACCCUGUAACAUCGUACUGUUAACCUUAAACUGUGUUUGCCAAAGUGGCUGCACUGAAACUGAUACUGGAACAGUGGGACAAUAAACACUCACAAACACAA